CAUUACUAUAAGAGGAGCCCAAGAAUCUCCGAUGUCGACCCCAACACAAUCAAUCUCUAACAGUGCACAUUCUGGCCCUGUUACUGCCGCACAGCCGACAUAUGGUCCAGACCAAAAACCAUUGACGUCUCAAUCUAGGACCCACCCGUCAACAAAAUUCGCUGGUGCAAGUACUCUGACUCCUGCCCUACCCACAACGUUGAGACACCCAAACCCCAGUCAAUCCGGUACCAAAGCUACCCUGACCGCUUCUUCCCACCUGCAGGACGCUUCAUCAAACGCCAUAGGCGACAUAGUCACGCAGAGUUCCACCGACAACACCGCUAGGCUACUGGAGGUUCAGGUAUUGCGAUUCGCGAACUCUGAUAGCAACACCGGCUCCAUAUUUAGACCCAGUUUUAUCACAGCACAGCCCGGGGAGAUAGUCAGAUUCUACUUCCACGAUUCCUAUCUGCUUCGAAUGGCCAGUCUGGAUGAUCCCUGCUCUAGUUCAACGAACAGCUUGAACGAACCGGGUAGAUUAGACUCUAUGGGAGUGUCAUACCAGCUUCCUGUUCAGUCUCUCGAUCCAAUGUGGCUUCAAGUGAACUUAAAUGAUGCUUAUUAUACCUGCGAUAAUCGGACGGUCUUUGCCAUCAAUCCUGGAGACGAUAUGAAUGACUUCAUUUCUCAUGCUGGGUCACCAAAAUAG